AUGGCCAUCAUACCUGGCUUACUGCUGCAGCUUGGGCUGUGCUGGAAAACCAUUUCAGCAGGGCAGUCUUCACCCACAGAUGCUUCUGGGGAUUUGAAUUAUGAGUUGCCUACAUCGAUUUAUGAGACCCAAGACAACAUUACAUCUGAACCCACUGACGUUCUCUUUCAAAUGGUGCGGCUCUUUCUCAAAGUGGUGCAGCCGCAUGCUUUCCCUGAAGAUGUCUUCAGAAAAAUCAUACAGAAGAAGUUUGAGCCCACAGUUGAUUAUGAGAAGCCAGAAAGUGUGAUCUUGGCUCUGAAGGUCGCCUUCUAUGAAAUGGGGAUUCUUAUAUGUGUUCUCCUCGGGCUGCUCUUUAUUAUUCUGAUGCCUAUGGUGGGGUGUUUCUUUUUUAUAUGUCGUUGCUCAAACAAAUGUGGUGGAGAAAUGCAUCAGCGACAGAAGAAAAACGGGCUCUUCCUGAGGAAAUAUUUUGCAAUCUCCCUCUUGGUCAUUUGUUUAAUUAUAAGCUUUGGUAUCUUCUACAGCGUUGUGGCAAACAGCCAGGCAAGGAACCGCGUGAGAAAGACUCGGAAACUUGCAAACAGCAAUUUCAAAGACUUGCGAACUUUGCUGAAUGAACCUACAGAGCAAAUUAAGUAUAUAUUGGCUCAGUACGACACCACCAAGGACAAAGCAUUCUCAGAUCUGAACAGUAUUAAUUUAUUGCUGGGAGGCAAAAUCAGUGAACAGCUGAAACCUAAAGUGAUCCCCGUCCUCGAUGAGAUCAAGGCCAUGGUGACAGUAAUCAACAUGACCAAAGAGGCCCUGGAGAACAUGAACAACAGCCUGAAUGCACUGAGCGAUGGAAAUGUACAACUUAACAGAAGCCUGGUCGAUGCCAAAUAUAGCCUACAGAGGUCACUCAGCGACCCUGAGUGCUCCACGUACCCAGUGAAUGAAACCUGUACCACCAUCGGAAUGUCUCUAAGCCAGCUGGGGAUCAACACGGACUUUAGCCAGCUCCCAUUUGUGGAUACGGAACUUGCCAAUGUUAAGAACAUUCUUAGAACCAAUUUGGACGACCUGGUCCAAGAGGGCUAUAAAUCCUUUAAUGAAAUACCUGAGAGCAUAGGCAACCAAACCACGGACAUCAUAGCAGAUGUCAAAAUGACCUUGAAUACCAUUGGUUCAGAUAUCAACAAUAUAACCCAACAUAUUCCUAUUCAGAAUAUGCUGCCAACUUUCACUGGUUACAUUAAUAACACUGAAAGUUACGUCCACUACUAUUUACCCAGAUUGGAAGAAUAUGAUUCAUACUGGUGGCUGGGUUGCUUGAUCAUCUGCUUUGUGGUGACCCUCAUCGUGGUGUUUUAUUACCUGGGCUUGCUGUGUGGCGUGUAUGGCUAUAACAGGCACGCCACCCCGACCACCAGAGGCUGCGUCUCCAACACCGGAGGCAUCUUCCUCAUGGUUGGGGUUGGAUUAAGUUUCCUCUUUUGCUGGAUAUUGAUGACCAUCGUGGUUCUUACAUUUUUCAUUGGUGCAAAUGUGGAAAAAUUGAUCUGUGAACCUUAUGCAAACAGGAAGUUAUUCCAGGUUUUGGAUACACCCUAUUUACUAAAUGAGGAUUGGAAAUACUAUCUCUCUGGCAUGAUUCUUAAUAAAUCAGAUAUUAAGCUCACUUUUGAACAAGUUUACAGUGAUUGCAAAAAGGAUCGAAGCAUGUACUCUGCAUUCCAGCUAGAGAACGUCUUCAAUAUCAGUGAACAUCUCAGCAUUAAAGAGCGUGCUGGAAGCAUAGGCGAUGAAUUUGAAAAUCUGAACAUAAAGCUUAACAUUGUUCUGCUGAAUGCAGCAGGAAGAAAAGCCCUUCAGGAUUUCGCUGAAUAUGGAAUAGACAAAAUGGAUUAUCCCGCCUACUUGGCUCAGUCUAGUAAAUCCCCCACAAAAGUGAAUCUUUUAUCAUUUGCAAAUGAUCUGGAAGCAAAAGCAAACCAGACGAACCAAGGAACUUUGGAACAGUCCCUGAAAGGAAAUGCAGAAGAUAUUAAAAUGAUUCACGAGCAACAAGUUGUGCCUAUGAUAGAGUCCCAGAACACUCUAAACCAAAGUGUCAAGACCCUUCAACAUAUAAACGAUGGGUUGAUGGAGAAAGUGACCAAGAUCCUUCAGUCUUUGGAUUCUGUUCAGAACUUCAUCACAAAUGCUUCUGUUAUUGAUGAAGAAAUUAAAGGAUAUGGGAGAACAAUAGUAAGAUACUAUGAACAAUAUAUGCAUUGGGUAGAGUACUCUAUCACUGAGGAAAUGGCAGCCUGCAAACCCAUGGCGACUGCUCUAGAUUCUGCUGUUGAUGUCUUUCUGUGUGGCUAUGUUAUCAGCCCUCUGAAUUUGUUUUGGUUUGGCUUAGGAAAAGCUACUGUGUUUUUACUUCCGGCUCUCAUUUUUGCUGUCAAGCUGGCCAAGUACUAUCGUCGCAUGGAUUCUGAGGACAUGUAUGAUGAUGUUGAAACUAUACCCAUGAAAAAUAUGGAAAAUGGUAAUAAUGGUUAUCAUAAAGAACAUUUGUAUGGUAUUCACAAUCCUGUUAUGACAAGCCAAUUGUAUCAUUGAUAGCUGAUGGUGAAAUUGCUUGAGCAUCAAGACACUCAAAGUAGAAAGGAUCACAGAC